AUGCCGGGGGGACUGGGGGGGCCGCGGGUGUGGGGGUGGGGGGAGAGUGCGUGGGGGGGGGAGGGGGUGGAGGUGGGGGGGAGGGAGGUGGGGGGGUGUGGGGGGGGGGGGGGGGUGGGGGGGGGGAGGGGGAUUGCUGGGGGGUGUGGGGAGGGUGGGAGGGGGGGUGGGCGGCGACUGUUGAGGGGGAUUGACGGAGGAUGUGGGGUGGGGGGGGGGGGUGGGGGAGGAUGGGGUGAGGGGGGGGGUGGGAGGGGGGGGGAGGGGGCGCUUGGGGGCGUGGGAGGGGGGGGGGGUGGCGGGGUGGGGGAGGCGGGGGGGUGUGGGGGGGGGGGGGGGGGGGGGGAGUGGGUGGGAGUGGGGGUGGGUGGGGUGGGUGGGGUGGGGGGGGGGGAGGGGGGCGGGGUGCGGGGGUCGGGGAUGGGCUGGUGGAUUGGGUUGGGGGGGGGGGGGGAGGCGGGGCGGGCGGGGGGUGGGGGUUGCGCGGGGGUGAGGGAGAGGUGGGGGUGGGGGGGUGGGGUGUGGAGGGGGGGGGGGGGGGAUGUGGGGGGGGGGGGUGGGGGGAUGGUUGAGGGCGGGGGGGGGGGUGGCGGGAGGAGGGGUGGGGUGGGGGGGGGGGGGGGGGGCGGGUGGUGGGGGGAGUGCGUUGGGGAGGGGGGGGGCCGGGCGGGGGGACGUGCGUGGGGGGGGGGGGGGGGGGGGGGUGUGGGGGGUGGUGGGCCGGGGGGGGAUGGGGCGGGUGUGGGGGUGGGGGGGGUGGUAUAA